ACACAUCCAAAUCAGCAAACCAAAACCACAAUCAAAAAACAAAAGCCAAAAGAGAAAGACGAGAUCAUGCCGAGAGAUAAGGUGAAACUGGAGUGGAUCGAAGACGAGGUCGCACGCCGGGCGGCCCUGAGAAAGCGGUGCGCGGGGCUGGUGAAGAAAGUAACCGAGCUGACGACGAUGUGCGGAGUUUCUGGGAUGUGCUUGAUCUACGGCCUAGGGGAAGAGCAACCAACGGUUUGGCCGUCGCACGACGAGGCAAAGCAGAUGCUGGUGAGAUUCUCGUCGUUGUCAUCCAAGACCAAGCGGAGCAAGAACAUGACCGACCAGGAAGGAUACCUGUGUAACGCCGUUCUCAAGGCGCAGGAGAACCAACGCAAGCAACUCCAGAAGUUGCGGAACAUGGAGCUGACGUGGCUCAUGAAUCUGGUGGAUCGUGAUGAGAACGGGCUGGACAAGUUGGAGACAUCCCAGGUGAACAGCCUGGCUCGGCUGAUCCACGAGAAGAUUCAAGAGAUUCGAAAGCGGAUCGGGCCUGUUGGGUCUAACCCACCGGGUCGGGUCGAGGGGGAGAAUCAGGAGGAUAGGAAGCCGGAUCUGGGUUGUUUGGUCGGGGUGGAGCUAGGGCUCCGGCUUGGGAGGGAUGGUGAUGAUGUGGGUUCUGAGAAGGCGACGGCUGAUGUUGGUGGUCUUCGUGAGUUGGACUUGUUUCCCGGCGGAUGGUGCAGUGGCGGUGGCCAGUGACUGCAGUGGGAGUAUAAGGCAAUUAAUUGCAGCUGCGGUUGCAGCUAUGGUUUGGAACAAUAAGAUUUGUUCGUCUUUUCAUUAUAUGGAUGUUUAAUUUACAGCUGCCUUUUGAUGAGUUUCAUUUUUUUUCGAAGUUUUGAAUGUCAAUUUAUCAAAUACAAUUCUAAGAAAAUCGGGAUUGUAAAAUUGUAUCGAAGGUUUGUACUGAAAAUUUUGACAACAGAGUAUUUCUGUUGUUUAAUCGUCAUAGUUUAGCUGUUUCAUAACUCUAAAAAUCAAUAAGAAGGUUUUGACAUAAGAAUUUUUCGCUGGAAUAACCUAUGUGGUACUGACAUAUAAAAAAAUACACAAAAUUAUGAAAAAAAUCAAAACAAAAAACAUAACUACUUUUAUACAAUUGGAUGAAGUUCUUUGUAUCACACCAUUUUCUCAAAAUAAAAAUAAAAAAUCACUACCUCGGGAUGACAAAAGUUUCACAUCUGUGGAUAUCCGACAUAAUUGGGUAGGGUAAAGUUAGAAUCCAAAGGGUAUUUGCCAGUUAUGGUAUAAUUUCAUGAGAUUUUAUGAAAAUUUCCAUACGUAUAUGAUAUAAUUUUAUUAAAUUUUAUUCUCUUCAACUAAUUUUUUUUCUAAUUAUUUAUUGUUAUACUUUUCACUUAUAUAAAUAUAAUAUCUAUACAUGCAAAUGCUAAUAUGUCACGAAGAAAAAUUACAACAUGGAUAUCUGAAACACGAUUGAAUAUCAACAUAGUUUUAAAUUUGCGACUCAUUCUUUUGUUAGUAAUUGGUAUGAGCAUGGUUCAAAAAGAUGCGUUUAUGCUUAAGCUCAGGCAGGCUUGGGUGCUAGUCAAUGUCAAUACUCCCUGUCUAGGGGUUCCACACCUAGUUAGAUGUUUGGAAUGAAUAGUGUUUGAGCCACGAACCCCCUAGCCCUCGCUUCUUCGCAAUCCAAGACUAGUAGCAGCAAUAGAGGCGCCUAAACCCUGCACAGCAAGCGCCUAAAGGGCCGGUGGAUGCCCGUUAGCACUCCAACGCUCAAGUCAGUGCAGAUUCUAGAGAGAUAAGUGCUUAGAGAGAUUUUAAUGAGAGAAGCCAACCUGCGUAAAUGCCACCUACCGAGCACUAUUUAUACUCGUCGAAGCCCCAACGGUCCUCUUGGCAUUCCAACCCACGUCAUCACCUCAUUUAAUGCAUGGUACGGUACAACGGUCAGGCGCCUAUACGUGGCUCCUUCAGGACGUCCCAUAAGAGGCGCCCAGUGGGGACCACAUUCGCCAGAUGGCCUCUUCUCCAACUUCCUCCUUCCGUACCGCUUGUCCUCAUCCUUAUCUUGUCGUCAUGCGCCUACCCCAAAUUGUGUGGUCCUAAUUCUCUGUUUGGGCCUGUUUCCUCGCUCCUUCUUUGUGGGCUUGGGCCUACUCAUGCUUCCCCAACAAUUGUCCCCCAGUUAGGCGUUCAUGGCUCAUAAUGAGCGCCUAACUAUGUAAAAUUUAUGCAAGACCCUUUUUGUAACAAUUGCACUACAUAUCCCUCAUCACGGCCUUCACACUCUUGUCCCCCCCCCCUGCGCGUCACCAUAGGCGCCUAAGGACUGUAAAUGAUAUUUUCUUUGACAAUUUCCUUACCCAUCCUUCGCACUCCCGCCACUCUCCUCUGUAGGCACCCAUUUUACCGCCUUCCCUUACUGACAGGCGUUUACUAAUGCGCCCAUCUAUAUCCGCCCCCCUCACCGUUCGGUUUAAAAUUUGAAUUUAAAAAUAAUAACAAUGAUAUGUAUGC